AUGGCGUCCAGGUCCCCCACGGCUGCCACUCCCUUACCAAAACCAUCCGCCGCGCCCGAGACGCCUAUGGUGAAGGACGCGCCCGCAGCCCCCCAAGCCGUCCCUUUCCCUUCUCCGCAGACAUUUGAUAUUGUCCCGCCAUUGCAUGGCCUCCUUCUCCGACUCCUGUCACCGCCAACAAAUGCUGCCGGUGUCUCGAAUGGCGUGAGGUCUGCCGAUGACCCCAACGGAGCUGCAGCCCCUACCAGCGCGCCAGGUCAAGCGCAACAGCAACCCCUUUCGUCCGGAACCGAGAACAACAACACCGUGGUGCUUGCAACAGUCCCUCCGGCCGGUCCAGGCCCCGUUGCGGCCAGCGCUGAAAUCGCCGCCUUGGGCUCGAACGCUCCUCCACCGCUUAAUAUCAAAGACCUUCCGACAGAGGUCAGCUCGAUCAAGAUCCGAAUCCAAAAAGCGCAUACAGUGGUGGAAAGCUUGCCAGAUGUGGACCGAUCGGUUGCUGAGCAAGAGGAGGAAAUAAGGGAACUUGAGGAUCGGAUUGCAAAGCUCAAAUCAGUCAUCUCCGACUUUGGCAAAAGGGCAAGCCCCGAAAGUGCAAGGAAGACAAGAUCUCAGGGACCUUGA